AUGAAUAGCGGAGGAGGCAGAGGAGGAGGAGGAGGAGGAGGAGGAGGAGGUGGGGCGAGCGGGAGUUGGCGGAGGGUGGUGGUGGUCGGCGGCGGCAUUGCCGGUGCCCUCCUCGCCAAAUCGAUCCAGUUUCAUACCGACGUCGUCUUGAUUGAUCAGAAGGAGUACUUUGAGAUUCCGUGGACAAACCUGAGAUCGAAGGUCGAGCCAUCGGUUGCGGAGAAAUCGUUGAUCAACCACAGCGAUUACUUAGUCAAUGGCAAAGUUAUUACGUCGUCUGCGGUCGAUGUCAGCGAAGCAGCGGUUAUGACAGCCGAGGGGCGUGAAGUGGCGUACGAAUACCUCGUCAUAGCCACAGGACAUACAGUCUCGACUCCUCGACGUCGGAGAGACAGGCUAGAACAAUUCCAAGAAGAUAAUGUGAAGAUCCAAAACUCCGGUUCCGUCCUUAUUGUCGGAGGAGGGCCGACGGGUGUUGAACUCGCCGCUGAGAUCGCUGUCGACUACCCUGAUAAGAAGGUCACUCUGGUUCACAACGGGCCAAGGUUGCUGGAAUUCAUCGGACGCAAAGCGAGCAACAAAGCGCUAAAUUGGUUGAAGUCGAAGAAAGUGGAAGUGCUUUUGGAUCAGUCAGUGGACUUGAACUCUAUUUCAGAAGCUGAUAGAGUCUACACAACUUCGUCUGGAGAAACCAUCGAAGCCGACAGCCACUUCCUUUGCGUGGAUCGACCGUUGGGUUCGUCGUGGCUCGCCGAAACAGCAUUGAAGAAUAGCUUGGAUAAGUAUGGGAGGCUGAUGGUGGAUGAGCAUUUGAGAGUAAGAGGGCACAGUAACAUUUUCGCCAUCGGAGACAUUACCGAUAUUCCUGAACUUAAACAAGGAUUUUUGGCGCAACGGCACGCGAUGGUGGCGGCGAAGAACUUGAAGCUGCUUGCAGCCGGAGCAAAAGAGGGCAAACUCGCGUCUUACAAGCCCGGAUCGGCGAUGGCGAUGGUGACGUUGGGAAGGAAAGAAGCGGUGGCGCAAUUGCCGUUCAUGACGAUGGUCGGGCCGUUACCGGGACUGUUCAAGUCGCGGGACUUGUUUGUUCACAGGACAAGGAAACAAAUGGGGCUUAACCAUCAUUGAGCCCUCAAGCUCCUCUACAAAGUGCUUUUCUUUGUUUCUUCUGCAUAUAAGGCAUCACAUUCUCAUCAGAUAAAUUGGAAGUGUCUUUUUCAUAUGAUUUUGGGCCUUUGAAUUUGUAUGUAUUAUAUGUGGUGUAUGUGUGAAUUGAAUGUUCACUGUUUUAUA